AUGAAACUGAGUGUGGGGAUAUUUUUUGGAGGCUUCUUUGCAGCUCUGGGGGUUUUGCUUUUUUUGGUGGCAUUUGGAACAGAUUAUUGGCUUCUUGCUACAGAAAUAGGAACUUGUUCAGAAGUGCCUGAAGGUGCUGGGGGAGAGAAGGCCACUUUCCAUCAUGAAGGCUUCUUCUGGAGGUGCUGGUUUAGUGGAAAUGUAGGAGAUAAUAAUGGCAGCAUGUGGAAGUUUUGGUAUACCAACCAGUCACCUUCUAAGAAUUGUACACAUGCUUACCUGUCCCCAUUUCCUCUUCUCCGAGAUGAACACAACUCCACCUCCUAUGACUCUGCAAUCAUUUAUCGAGGUUUCUGGACAGUUCUCAUGCUCCUGGGAGUACUCACUGUUGUGGUGGCUAGUUUCCUCAUCAUCUGUGCAGCUCCUUUUGCCAGUCACAUUUUAUACAAAGCAGGAGGAGGCUUUUUCAUCAUUGCUGGUGUCUUGUUUUCGCUGGUAGUCGUGAUGUAUGUCAUCUGGGUCCAGGCCAUGGCUGAUCUGGAAAACUACACAAACAUGAAAAAGAUGGAUUGCCCAGACUUUGCUGUUUAUGUACGUUAUGGCUGGUCGUUUAUGCUGGCUCCUAUAGGAGUAUUUUUUGCUUUAUUAGCAGGAAUGCUGUUCUUGUUGGUAGGGCGUUACAUUUAUUUACACUCAGACUAG